CACGAUUUGUUUUGUUUUGCGUAUUGCUCGUUGAGUUGGGUUUUUUUCUUUAUUUAUCUUUUUAAGGCAGUGGUUUCCGAGAAGUGGUGCAACUAGUGUUGAAAUUAUAUUUUCAAUUGAACAUUUAUUGAGCAAACUACGCAUGAGGACGGAUGUGUAAACAGCGUCGUAGCCGAAGUCUCAAAUUUGUCCUGCUAAAUAUUAUACAAUAAACCUGCCUGUGUUAUAGCAAAAUAAACACAUUUUAAUUUGUUUAUAAACAAUAAUCCAUUGAUCGUCCUUAAUAAAUUAACUAAUUGUGGUUUAAACUUUGUGGCUGGCUGCAGCUAAAUGUAAAUCAACGCAUCAUCAGCACAUCUCAUACUUGGAUGAGUCAGGCAUCAUUAAAAAGAAAGCCAUCAAAUUAAACAGCUUUAGAAGAUUUUGAAACAUUUUAUAUAGUGAUGUCCGUGUCACGUUCUCGCAGUGCAUUAUCGCCCAACAACAGUAUUACAAAUGGAAAAGGCGGCGGUGGCAGCGGCAUAGGCGUUGGAGCUGGUGGUAGCAGCAACAGCAGCGGUUAUGUCAAAGACCGGUAUAUACACGAAUUACCACUGCAGCAGUUGCGUUUGCUUUGUGAACAUUUGGAUGAAAUGCAAAUUUGGAUGCAAUUAGCCGAAGCUAUGCAACUACGGCCGGCAGAUGUGAAGUUCAUAAACCAACAACAGGAGCUGGGUAAAUCACCAUCAUGGCAAUUAAUGCAAAAGUGGGGCAUUGAGUGCAAGCACACAGUUACUGAACUCUUCAUGUUGUUGUGGAAGAAAGAACAACAUCACGCAAUGCGUAUGCUAAAGGAUUUCGUAGAACGCAAAUAUCAGCUACUCAUUCCCCGCAGUCAACCGCGCUUAACUAUGCUUAUGGCCGCCAACUCGGACAUUAAACAACUCAAUGGGCCCAUAGAUUCCUCUUCGUCAGGUGUUAGCAAUUCCAACAAUAACACCUCGUAUUCAUCAUACGAGCAGACGGGGGGACCUACAUCCACGCAGCGCAUCGAACAAGACGUGCGCGAAUUCGCUCGCUACAUGAUCGAAAUCAGCUAUGAAGAAUUAACAGAAGCCACCGAAAACUGGAAUGAGCGCCUAAAGCUUGGACGAGGCGGCUUUGGUACUGUUUACAAGGGCACCUGGAAGUGCACUGAGGUUGCUGUCAAACAAUUGAUAUACAAUGGAGUAAAUGGACGCGACAGCAGCAAAGUGCAGCUACAACAAAGUCUCAACGAGCUGAAACAUUUAAGCCGGUAUCGUCACGAUAAUGUACUGCCCCUUUUUGGCUAUUCAUUGAAUGGCGAAAAGCCUUGCUUGGUUUAUCAGCUCAUGAAAGGUGGUACAUUGGAGCAACGUUUGUAUUCAAAAAAAGAAACGCCUUUGACCUGGGAGCAGCGCGUCGAAAUUUGUCUAGGUGCAGCGCGAGGUAUCAACUUUUUGCACGUUUGUGAUGUCAAACCACUUAUACACGGUGACAUCAAACCAGCAAAUGUACUACUCGAUGUAUGUUUGACACCGCGUAUAGGAGAUUUCGGCUUGGCCCGCGAGGGGCCGGCUGCCUUAAGUCGUUCGGUUACAGUGUCACAAAUUUAUGGGACUAAACCAUAUUUACCGCAAGAGUUUUUGCGUGGCAAAAAGCUAAGUACAAAAGUGGAUACAUACAGUUUUGGCGUUAUGUUGCUGGAGACAUUUACCGGUCUACGUGCGUUAGACCUUAAUCGCAAACCAGAGUUGUUGGCUGAAUAUAUCAAAGGUACACGCAAAGAUGAGCUGAGCAAUCUGAUCGAUGCACGCCAACCAAUACAAAAUGGGGAACGGGAUAUGUGUAAAAACAUAAUUUUACUAGGAACGCAAUGCGUAGCAUUUGAAGCCGACGAUCGUCCGGAGAUGGAGUACGUUUAUGAUACAAUACGCUUUUGCAAGAUAUAUCCCGAUUAAGUACAAAAGAGUAAUUAAAAAAUUAAAUACAUACAUUCCGCUGUGCCUUAUUAUGAAGAAAUCUCAAUUUUUGUAUUUAAAAAUAAAAUAUUUUAUUAUAAAUUAGCUAGUGGCAGUUGUGUAUAUAUGUACAUAUGAUAGGCCGGAUGGUGAAAAGUGUUUAUGGACAUCAAAUGUACUUAUUUGAAGAAGUGAAGAACUACAAUAUUUCAGUUGCAUUUACUACAAACAUAACUAACUGUAACGACUAAACGUAAUGCAUGCAUACAUAUGUAUAUACGCAAUAAAUGUUUAUUGCUUUAAGCUCAAAUCAUAAAAAGGCAAACGCACUUUUGUGUUUAUAAAAAUAUUACAUACAUAUAUUAGACGUUAGUAUUCGUAUCGGAUUGUUGAUUUACAUACAUAUGUAUGCACUUUAAAGUUUUAAUAAAAGAAACCAGUUUGUUCAAAAUUUAA